GAGACGGCAACAAACCCACUUAUCCUAUGGUUAAUCAUGAAAGCUUUCUUAGCCUUUUUCUUCAUUGUGCCGCACUACAUUCUGUGCAAUGCACAAGAACUCAGCAGUCACAGUUUUAUCAGUGGUGAGGAUGUAUCGGGGAAUCAGUUCAACAGGUUAGAGAAAAAUCAAGAUGUGCAGGAGCUUCAUUUGGACAUCUGGGAGGAGCUGAGAAUCCUACGAGAUUUGGUGGUUGUACAAGGAAUAGAGCUAAGGCUUCUCUCAGCAAAACUUGCAGAAUUUGACAGCCUGUUUCAGGUCCAGCAGAAGGAGAUUACAGUGAUGAACGACAGGCUGACUGCAGCAGAGACUCUUAUCGAAGAAAUGCAGACGGAGAAAGAAGCUCAAGGUGCAGAGAUAAAAUUAAUUCAGCAGAAACUCAACAUCGUAGAAGAACGACUAUUAAUACACAUAGCUCAUGUGGAAGAGCUUCAGGAGAAACAGGAAGAUCAAGAUUUGGCACUGCAAGAGCUACAAAUGACCAACAAUGUAAGCAAAGUGGCCUUUUCUACUUCUCUUCUGGAUUCCGGUGAAGGAAACACAGUCAACUUAGAAUAUAUGACCCUUGUUUUCAAAAAUGUCUUCACAAACAUUGGAAAUCACUACAGCCCAGUCACAGGUUACUUCACAGCACCAAUAAGGGGAGUGUAUUACUUCAUAUUCACUGGCCAUCUUGCUUCUGUCAAUAAUUUUCUAGCAAUGCGACUUGUCAAGAAUGAGGAUCCCAUUGUUUUAUCAGGGGACCGUGUUCAUGAUAUCUAUCGAGAAGACAACGUGUCCAACGGAGUUGUGUUGCAGCUAGAGAUCAAUGACGUAGUUGCUAUACAGUUAGGUGGUGAUAUCUGGGAUGACACCUAUCACAGAUCAACCUUUAGUGGAUUUCUCCUCUUUGCCUUGUAGAUCAAAUUUGUAUAAGAAUCAAUAAACAUUUAUUGAAAAGAAAUUUAA